AUGGGUGCUCUCUUUCAGAACUACAGCACAUCUCCUUGGGUUACUGAUCAAUAUGUCAUCCUGCCGUUUUGGCCAGAAGACUCUGUCCAGCCUGACCUGCCAUGGAGCUCCCAGUCUUCAUCCACAGGCGUCUGGGAAGCAGACACAACUAUAUUUCGCAACGAUUUCGUUUGCUCAAGGCUUGAAAUGAGCAGGAAGGACAUCUGGCUUCGUCAUAACGAAAAUCAAUCCGGCAGUUCCGAGAAGAAAUAUGUGGCAUCUGUGCUUCUAAACUCCGACGGUGGGUGUCAAUUCAAUGUCACCGUCAAUGCGACAACAGAUCUUAACAACUUCGAGGCGAGAGUCUGGUUGGAUGAUGAUUGGAUGUCCUGGAGUGAUACAAAGCGUCUAAAUUUUGGCGAUAAGUAUACCCCUGAUCCAGUUGUACGACUGAACGAAGACUGUCAUGAAAAAGAGAUCAUUCUGAUGAGCAGACCAUGGUGGAUUGACUCAAGAGAUCCGACUAGUCUGCUGGACAACAUGACCGCCCUUGCCUACGCAUGCCAUUCCGACCAUAGCAUGGCCUUUAUACCUGCCAGGGCGACAUCCACCUCAACGGGAUUGUCUAUUGAGUUUGAUGAAGAGUUUUUCGAGCAGAAGCGGAUACCCGUUCCUCCCGAGGAUUUUGAUCUACAAGAAAUGCAUGAAAUUUACACGGAUCUUGCUUGGAGCAAGUUUGUUCGCCAGAAGUCUGUCUUCGCAAAUCAACAAGCAAAAAAGGUGUUUGCGGGCCCUGGCGCCAUGUUGGGCACUGGAUAUAACUUCAGCGUCCCACGGAUGAUGGCCGACACGGAUUUACCUGUGGUCGCCGCUCGUUUUAGAAAUCGCUUCUCCGCUGAAGUGCUCGGCGCCUCGCUGCAACGUACGGGUUAUCUGGCGCAGGAACGCGCGACUGGCCAUCAACUCCAAACUGUUCGCAAAGUGUUAGUCAGCGGACAAGCAGUCUCGAUUCUCUGCGCCCUACUAUUGAUCUCGUUCUGUUCGAUGGUAGUCCUCGUCUGGCUGACGUGGGCGGAUAAGAGGGCUCUCAGAAUUAGUCACGAUCCAAGCACACUUCUGGGAACUGGCAUCUGGGCGAGUGGCAACGUAGCGUUGUUGCGCAAAUUUGCAUCACUAGACCUAGUUACUAGGAAGGCGCUCAAGAUCGAGCUAGCAGACAGGGUUUUCAGGUCCGAGGAUGGCAGGCUCGAUGAGCAUGAAGCUGUCGGCCAAGGUGCUUCUAAAGUAGAUUCAGCCGCAGUGCCAUCUCCGAAAGCUACUCCUGCACUGCCUGGACUUCAAAAGCGGUAUUUGAUUCUGCUCCUGGCCUACGUUCUUGGUCUCCUCGCCGGGGUUGUCGCCUUGUACGAGAGCGCACGUAGAUCGGGGCUUCACCAAACCUUCUUCACUUAUCGCGCUGAAAUCAACGUCUUUGGAGACGCAAACACGAUCUCGCCCUUUGCUAUCAUACCAACCGUCCUUGCCAUUGUCAUCUCAUUGUGGUGGGAGUCAGUCGACACCACUUGCAGGACGAUACAGCCUUAUAUCAGCAUGUAUCAUGGGGAAGAGGCCCGCACUGACACCACACUUGAGCUUCGCCGAGUUCCGUACAUGACAAAAGAGCCCCUGAUGCAGCAAGUCUUCAAGAACGGCACAUCGCAGUUUUAUUAUACUCAUCACCCUGCGGAAGAUGUCCUAGAAGAUACGUACUUCAGUCCCGAGUCUGACUGGUUGUAUACCGCCAUGCUUGAAGCGGCGCUCAAUGGUCCCGAGCCAACGUGGAGCAAAGAUGACUGGAGUUUUAUACCGUCGCAAUUGACAAUCGACACCCUGGCGAAUCAACAUAGUGACAGCCACGUACUCGGCCUUGAAUCUACCAACACAACUAUCUUGACGCCUGCGGUCCGUGCUAGGCUAGACUGCAGUGCGGUUGACUGGCCAAGCAAUGUAAGCCUCUGGCUUAGAGCUGAAGACAGUACGGACAAGAGCAACCGGGGUAAAUUCAACAGCACCGGCUUGAAGACGCUUUAUUUUCCUGAGCCUGCUGUCUACGACAAUCUUACGAACACUCGUCUGACCGCACAACCCGUAUUCCCGCAAUGCUGCGGCAACCUAACCGGUGAUUCGGGACAGGGAGCGCAGUACCAGCCAUCCGUUCUGGCUUACUGGACCGAGAACUGGAGCGAAGAGGCUACUCAAAACUUUACCGUCAAGUGGAUCCGAGGUCCUGCAAGCUUUGUACCAUAUGUAAAGCAGACAGAACCGACGCUGUUCUACUCAGAGCCACCUGCUAUACAAGCUUUGAAUUGUAUGCCUAGCAUUGAAGCAAGCGAAGCCAAGGUCACCGUUGACACUGCAUCUGGGGCUGUACAGGAGUAUCAAAUACUUCGUGCUCCUUCAAGCGAUGAUGUUGCUUGGUCCGAUUCGUUUCAAUGGCGAAACAAUUCCAUCGUCCGAUUCAGCAACGCUUCGAACACAAGAGCGCAAAACAUCGACGUGACCACGAGUUAUGGUGUUAUCUUCAUGAAGUCACUACUACGUGCAGCAUCUAUAAGUGAUGUCGGUGUUUGGAACGUGGUGAGCUACAACCCCGACGUGGAGUCUGAUCACCUAGAGGACAACAUCUUCAACAUGCGAGACAACGCCACCGGCCUAAACCUGGACUUCAUGUCCUAUGCAGCCUACCAACAGGUGGGCUCUGAUCCCUUGGCGCUGCUGGACCCGGAGAGACUACUUAGAACAUCGCAAAAGGUAUUCUCCACCUUUUUCAAGCACUUCUCUCAACACAACGUAUCCCAAGAGUAUGGCGGACAGGUCUUCCAACCAGUGGGCAAAGAUUUAAAAAUCGACCCGCCAGUGACCACUUUGUUGGUACAGGACGCGCCAUGGGAGCCAAAGCCUAUUCCGCUGGCACAACUUACGCCCAACGGGUCUGUGGCUCCGAGGUUUGAAGACGUCGUUCGCAAUACCAGUCAAACAACAACAGCAACGACAUCCACGCGCGUAGAAGUCCUCCGCAUCAACCCCGUCGCGUUCUGGCUAUCGACCGGCAUUCUCAUCUGGCUCAUCAUUACGAUAAGCAUCUUCACGGCCGUGAAAAAGAGGUACUAUAGCGGCAUGAUGCGGGAUGUGGAGUGCAUUGCAGAUGUGCUUGUCCUCAUCGCCGGCAGUGAUCGUCUGAUUGCUGCUAUAAAUGACAGAGACGCCAAUGCUAUGCUGAAGGAUAGCAAGAUACGGACUCGUCUAGGGUGGUUCAGGGAUCCGGAUGGGACGAUGCGAUGGCGCAUCGACCUUGUUGAUGACGAAGACGUGCGGAAGCGACCCAUUCGUCUUGGGGAGGAAUACAUACCGGUGCCAGGCGGUGAUGGGCGUCCUGAGGCGCAUGAUGUACAUGGUGGAACGACAGCGGCGGGUUAA